CGCGCGCGCCUCGACGCACGAUGGCGGACGCGAAAGACAUCCUAGGCAUCCCGCGCGGCGGCGCGAGCGCCCCGAAAUCGCGCGCCAAGGCGAAACCGUCGCUCAAACCGCCGAAAGGUGUCCACAGAGAGGUGUGGCAGAUCACGCGCGGACGCGAGGGCGACGACGAACGCGACGACGCGCGCGCCGCCAUCGUCCCGAGCGCGCUGUCGCUGCACGGAAUGAAGGAUAAACGCAAAAUCACCGCGCGCACGGUGACGUGGCAGUGGCAGCCGUUUCGGAACAGCGCGCGAACGGAUCAAUUGCAACUGAAGCACUGGGUGAAGAAAGCCGUCGGCGGCGCGCAGCCGACGCUCAUGGGGACGAACGGCGGAGACGUGGGCGGGGAUUACGCGUUCGCGAAAUAUAACAAAAAGAUUGAGAUGUUGAAGUACACGAGCGAUGAGUACGAAAGAGUGCUGAAACACUUGGACGAUUCGUGGACGAAGGAGGAGACGGAUUAUUUGUUUGAACAACUGGAGCGGUUUGACUUGCGAUUCAUCGUCGUCGUCGAUCGAUGGGAUUUCGCAAGUCAACAGACGCGUACGGUGGAAGAUUUGAAGGUGAGAUACUAUAGCAUUGCGAAGACGUUGAUUGAGACGCGCGCGGAAUCGCCCGAGGAGGCGGCGGCGCAUCAAAUCGUGAAAAUGCCGUUCAACGCCCAACACGAGCUCGACAGAAAGGUGGCGCUGAACACGCUGCUGAAUCGUACCAACGGAGAGAUGAAGGAAGAGGCUGAGAUUUUAAAGCGCGUGCGAGAGAUUGAAAAGCGACGACGAACGGAAAAUCAAGCCUUGUUGCAAAAGGCCACGGCGGUGUUCUCCACCUCACGCACGCACAUGGUGCAGAAUCCAGUGUCCAUAGACGACGUUCGCGCCGACUUUGAGACGUUGGCGCCCGAGUUGCCACUCAGAGGCUCGGCGGCGUUGAAGCCCGGGCCGUACUUGCGCGGGCAGCAUUUCAUCACCGUCGCGAACGAACAAGCUAACGCGGCGCAAGGCGGCGCGCGAUUCGCUAAACGUAUCGAUCAGUCCUUAGAAGACCUCGGCGUGAAGACGCCCUCGAUGAACACGCACGCGGUGUGCGCUGGUUGGCUAAAGCUGCGCGAGGAAACGAUUGAACUCUUGCGCGUGCGUAAAAAACUUGUCACCGUGUACGAACGGCUCGUCGCGAAGGGUAAGACGCCGGGGUACAUUCCGGGAAUGGCGGACGUAGAGGCGAAGAAGGCGGUCGGCGGCUUGGAACACAAAAUCGUCCCGAGGCGCGUCGCGUCGGCGGGCGAAAUCAAGAGAGAAGAUUCAAUCCCACCGAAGCCGGCUUCGAUGAAGCGAAAGGCUGUGGAGACGCCCACUCGAGGGAUUCAAAAAGUGCAGCGUCACAAGCGCAACUGAGUCAGCGAUACGUAGCACUACAAAACAAUCCACAU